ACCCCACCAAAUAACCGUCUCUUCUUUUCGUCUUCGUUACAAUUUAUGAAUCUCAACAAAAAUCCCUAAAUUGAAACCCUAAAAAUUUUAUCAAUUCAAUUCUCUCCGCAACUUCUGUAAUUUGCGGACGAUAUAUGAUCCAAUGGAGGAUCACAAGCUCUGCGGUUACCUCUGUGUGGUCCUCAGAGUGAACGCGCCACCAUUGCGCGACCUUCACAUACCUUUCGGAACUAACUGUGAAUUUUUCAGCGAUGGGGGAGAAAUUGGGUUUGGAACAGAGGGCGAUGUCGUUUUAUCCCCAAUUGAACCUAAAUCUAAAGCAAGGCAGCUCGCAAAUGGUUUGAUUUCACCGGAGCAAGAGAAUGCUGAGAGCGUGCCUGUGAAAUCCAGAAAAGGGAAAGGUAGGAGUAGGAGGGAGAGUUCGAGAAAGAGGGUAAGAGGGAUAGGACUCCUUCAUGGAAGCGUCAGUGUGGUGCACCAGCUGCAGGCAUUGGCGAUGCACAAGUGUUUGAAGAUAGUGGCGCGAAUUCUGGGGGUUUAUGUCCGGGAUGAUAAUGUUGAUGCCAGAGCGGUGGUGCUGGUAGAUGUUUAUCUUCCAAUCAGUUUGUGGUCUGGUUGGCAGUUCCCGAGGUCUAGGUCCAUUGCCGGCGCCUUCUUUAGGCAUUUAAGAUGUGACUGGAAGGAAAGAAGUAUGUCACUUGUUGGAGGAGAGUAUUUAAGAGAGGCACAUGAGGAUCGUAAGAGUAUCUGGAACGUCUCUGAUUGUCAUGUUCUGGAAUGCAAGUUGCAUUGUGAUGCCCAAGAUUCUUCAAAGAAAGGCCUCUUUGAACUUAAUGAAAUUUUUAAAAGCUUGCCAAGCGUAGGAAACAAGGAAAAUCCUGAAUCUUGUAGAUUAAUAGCUGCUGAUGUUUGUUGUGGAUCUGGCAUCUGGGAUAUAGCUGGUGAUAUAUUGGUAAAUAUUUUAAGUUUGCUUCGGCCCCUGGACCUUAUCCGAGUUGCAGGAACUUGCCGCUACAUGCGGUUGCUGGCUGCCUCUAUUAUGCCAUGCAUGAAACUUAAACUUUUUCCUCAUCAGCAGGCGGCUAUUGAGUGGAUGUUACAACGGGAACAGAAUGUUGAAGUCUUGCAGCAUCCUCUGUACUUGGGUUUCUCUACUGAAGAUGGGUUUACUUUCUAUGUAAAUACUGUUUCUGGUGACGUUGUUCCUGAUGCAGCUCCUACAAUUAGAGACUUUCGUGGAGGAAUGUUCUGUGAUGAACCUGGCUUAGGUAAGACAAUAACUGCUCUUUCGCUUAUUCUGAAGACUCAGGGAAUGAUGGCUGACCCACCUAAGGGAGUUCAAGUAAUCUGGUGUACACAUAAUGGUGAUCACAGAUGUGGCUAUUAUGAACUUAGUGGCAACAGCUUCUUAUGUAACGAUUCUUCUUUGAGGAAAAGGCUUGUAAGCCAGAAUACUCGGCGGGGAAAGCUAUAUUUAGAUGAGUUUACUCGCAUGGAUGAUCUAAACUGCUCCCCAAAAAGAGCAAGGUUAAUAGAUCUGGGUGAGCAAAUUGAAGGGUCUUGUGCUGUCAAUAAAAUGAAAUCACCAUUGGUACCACAAUCUGAGUUAAAGUUGAACAUAGAACAUUCCUUGAGUAGCUUGAGUUCCAUCAAGAGAAAUCUUUAUCAUUCAUUUUUUCGUGAAGAGGUGGUCGGAGAAAAGUUAAUCAAGCGAAAGCGCGGGUCUAACGGAUCUAUACAUGUCUCAGAACAGCAGGUUGGUAAGGUAAGUGGGGUGUCACACAGUCACAAGAGCAUCGAGAAGGCUACGAUAGGCACUUUUGUAUAUAAUGAAAAUUGGGUUCAGUGUGAUUACUGUCACAAAUGGAGAAAGCUUGCAGAUGCAAGUGUUGUUGAUUCUACUCAAGCAUGGUUUUGUAGCAUGAACAAUGACCCCAUGCAUCAGAGUUGUGGUGAUCCAGAAGAAGCUUGGGAUAGGCAAGAGUUAGUAACUUGCCUUCUGGGAUUUUAUACCAGAGGAACUUCUGGUGGAAAAGAGCAAAAUAUCUCAUUUUUUAUUAGUGUUCUUAAAGAGCAUUACACAACGAUGAAUUCUACUACUAAGAAAGCCUUAAGGUGGCUGGCUAACCUUACUGAAGACAAGCUCUCGCGGAUGGAAACUAGUGGUUUGGAAAGUCCUAUCUUGGGUACUUGUCUCAAUUACAUCCAAGGUUUCCAUAGCUUAUUUCAGGCGUUUGGCCUUAUGAAGAGAGUAGAAAAGGGUGUUAGCAGAUGGUACUACCCACAAAGAAUUGACAGUUUGGUUUUUGAUGUGGCAGCCCUCAGGAUUGCUCUCUGUGAACCAUUAGAUUCCGUUAGAUUGUAUUUAUCUAGAGCAACUCUAAUUGUUGUUCCAUCUAAUCUGGUGGAUCAUUGGAAAACACAAAUCCAAAGACAUGUCAGACCUGAUCAGUUGCGUCUUUGUGUCUGGACUGAUCAUAAAAAGCCUUCUGCUCACAGUCUCGCCUGGAAUUAUGAUAUUGUUAUAACAACCUUUAGCCGUUUAAGUGCAGAGUGGGGGGCCCAUAAGCAAAGUCCGUUGAUGCAAGUGCAUUGGCAUAGGGUCAUGUUAGAUGAAGGGCACACCCUUGGCUCAAGUCUGAACUUGACAAACAAAUUGCAAAUGGCUAUUUCAUUGACAGCUUCCAAUCGCUGGUUGUUGACCGGAACCCCAACUCCUAGCAUGCCCAAUAGUCAGCUUUCACAUCUUCAGCCAUUGCUUAAGUUCCUGCAUGAUGAGGUUUAUGGAGACGAUCAGAAGUCAUGGGAAGCUGGCAUUCUUAAACCUUUUGAGUCGGAGAGGGAGGAGGGUCGGUCACGUUUAUUGCAGUUGCUUCAUAGGUGCAUGAUUAGUGCAAGGAAGACAGAUUUGCAAACAAUUCCUCCGUGCAUCAAGAAGGUGACAUUUCUCAAUUUUACCGAGGAGCAUGCAAGAAGUUACAAUGAACUGGUAGAGACAGUGCGGCGCAAUAUACUCAUGGCUGACUGGAAUGAUCCUUCUCAUGUUGAAAGUUUACUGAACCCAAAGCAGUGGAAGUUUCGAAGUGCGACGAUAAGGAAUGUUAGGAAAUCUUGCUGUGUGGCUGGCCAUAUUAAAGUAACAGAUGCUGGUCAAGAUAUUCAAGAGACAAUGGAUAUGUUAUUUGAAAAUGGGCUGGACCCUCUAUCGGAAGAGUAUGCAUUAAUAAAGUAUUACCUCCUCUCUGGUGGUGAAUGUGCCAGGUGCAAAGAAGGGUGCCGCUUGCCCAUCAUUACUCCAUGUAGGCAUCUUUUGUGCCUUGAUUGUGUUGCUUUGGACGGUGAAAGAUGUACUCUUCCUGGCUGUGGAUUUCUAUAUGAGAUGCAGAGUCCUGAAACAUCAAGUCGUCCUGAGAAUCCUAACCCAAAGUGGCCUGUCCCCAAAGAUCUUAUUGAGUUGCAGCCUUCAUAUAAACAGGAUGACUGGAAUCCUGAUUGGCAAUCAACAUCCAGCAGUAAAGUUACAUACCUGGUUGAAAAAUUGAAAGCACUGCAGCAGGCUAAUAGAGAGAUGGGUUUCUCUAUCAAUGAGGAUAAUUGUACCAAUCACAUUGACAAGCUAAAUUCUCCUUCUGAGCUGAACAAUGCAAGUGCACUGUUACAGCAAGAAUACUCCAGACUGCAAACUGACUCAUACAAGGGACUUCCAGCGAAAGUUUUAGUCUUCUCUCAAUUUCUGGAGCAUAUACAUGUGAUUGAGGAGCAGUUGACAGUGGGAGGUAUCAGAUUUGCAGGAAUGUACAGCCCAAUGCAUUCUUACAACAAGAUAAAGUCACUGGCAACAUUCCAGCAUGAUGAGAGUUGUAUGGCACUUUUGAUGGAUGGAAGUGCUGCAUUGGGUCUUGAUUUGAGCUUUGUGACACAUGUAUUUCUAAUGGAGCCAAUCUGGGACAGAAGCAUGGAGGAGCAAGUGAUUAGUCGGGCUCAUCGGAUGGGGGCUACUCGUCCUAUUCAAGUAGAAACUUUAGCAAUGUGUGGUACAAUUGAAGAGCAAAUGGUGGGAUUUUUACAGGAUGCCAAUGAGUGUAGGAGACUCUUAAAAGAAGAGUUUGGGAAACCUGACAAUGAAGGGGCAAGGACUCGUCGUACGCUGCAUGAUUUUGCUGAGAGCAACUAUUUGGCCCAUCUUAGCUUUGUGCGGACAAAUUCAAAGUCCUAAAGUCGCACCUUUUGCGGAGAUUCUAGCUCUAGUUUAGGAAUUUUGGGGGUCGAAUCUAACGCAGUGCCAUAAUGCUCAGCUGCUAAUGGGGAAGGACUAAGUUUAAGAUUACUCUUCAUGGUAAAAAAAAGAAGUAAACAGCUCCCUUGGAAAGCACCUACAUUGCAGUUCAUGGUGAUUACCCAGAUAUGAAUACAUGGCGCAAUUUAUUUUUUGCAUUGACCCAGAUGGGUUUGGUGUUAUUUGGUGAAGAAGUCUAAAAGAAAACAGUAGUUAAUUACUUAAUUAUUCUUCACGAUGUUAACUCAUGUACUGCGAUUUGAUAUUAAGGGGUUGUUGUGAA